AUGAUAAAGACCAGCAUUGCCAAUGAAAUUGGAGCUACUAUACACAAGACUACUCAGAAAGCCCUCCAAGCAGAUGGUAUAACCCAGCUAGCCGUCGUCGGAGAAGUCCAUUUGACUUUGUCCCGUAACCACCUUAAUUUGUAGUUGGAUGCACUUGUCGUUGAUAGUUUGGACGUCGAUGUACUAUCCGGGAUUCCUUUCAUGAUCACCAAUGACAUCUCCCUCCGGCCAUCCAAGCAAGAAGUCACCAUUCAAGGAUGCGAGAACAUGUAUUAUGGCUCCAGACAACCAGCUGGUACCAUAGGCUCGGUCCGACGAACACAAACUACAGUCCUUCGUGCCCCAUCAUCCUCCACCGUAAUUUGGCCAGGACAGUACAUUGAAUUAGAUGUUCCCGAUCACGUAGACCCAGAUUCUAUCCUUGCCCUAGAACCCCGUAAGGAUUGUUCCAGAUCAGACUGUGAGUGGCCAAGCCCCCAUAUUGUACAAGCAGUCGCAAGAAAGAUUCGUAUACCCAAUCAGACCCCUCACCCUAAACAUAUCCCUCGUCAUGACCAUCUGUGUCAGGUCCUACCAACCUACAUCCUAUAUCCACACCCCGACGUUCCCAAAUCUAGCAACAGCACCCUAGUAGCACCCUCCUCUCCUACACCCCAUGAACAAUCCUUAUCUGUUCAGCUAGACCCCGAUUCUAUCCUAUCAAAGAGCAUGCACUCCGAAUUCAGCCGGUUAGUUAAAGAAUAUGACGAUGUUUUUGAUAAAAAUAUCUCUGGAUACAACGGUGCUGCCGGUCCCUUUAAAGCUGUCGUAAAUAUGGGCCCAGUACAACCACCACAACGCAAAGGCAGACUCCCCCAAUAUGCUCCGAACAAGCUGGUCGAGCUUCAACACAAAUUUGACGAGCUUGAAUCGUUAGGCAUUUUUCAGCCCCCUGAAAACCUUGGCAUAACCGUUGAAUACCUUAAUCCAUCAUUCCUCAUUAAGAAGCCAUGUGGAGGACACCGACUAGUCACUGCCUUUACUGAUGUUGGUCGAUACAGCAAGCCACAACCAUCUCUAUUAUACCCGAUGUCGAUUCUACCCUCCGAACAAUCGCCAUAUGGAAGUACAUCAUCGUAUCCGACCUUAUAA